GUAUUCUUUAGUCCACCAUAGACAUUUCGAAAAUAUCUGUUUCCUUCCAUUUAUCUUAGCCCCAAAAACGACUUCACCUGGAUAGAUAUAUGCAUGAAGAAAGCACAAUAACAUAGCAUCAAAAGGAUUUAUAAUUCAGACUUUGCUGCUUCCAGUCCUCUACCUUGUUGACAAUUGCAAAGUGGUGCUGAUAAAUGUGACAUCAAAAUGCAGUCUCACACUUUGGUUUCUGAACAUCAACAACAAAGAAGAAUGGAGGAAGCUGAAUUGCUGAAAGAAAGAUUCCAGGCCAUAACAGACAAAAGAAAACUGCAAGAAGAAAUUACACAGAAACGUCUAAAAGUAGAAGAGGAAAAAAUGAAACACCAACAUUUAAAGAAAAAGGCCUUGCGAGAAAAAUGGCUCUUGGAUGGCUUUAGUUCUAUGACUCCUAAAGAAGAAGAAGAAAUGCAAAAGCAGAAUCAGGAGGACCAACAACGGACUCAUGAGCUGGAACAAGACAUUUUCAGACUGGAAAAGGAAAUUGAGGCUCUGGAAAGACAAGAAAUGGAAGUCUCAGCUAAGGAAGAAGCAAUUUUAAAGAAAUUGAAGUCUGUUGAAAAAACAGCAGAAGACAUAAUAAAGUCUGUGAAGACCGAAAAAGCUGGAUUUGAAAAAGAGGCAGCAGACUACAUAUAUGCCAGCAUCCCUGACCUUCCCAAGUAUUUCAGACCUUCUGCACUGAGAAGUACAGCACAUGCUGAUAUGGAUGAGGAAGAAAAGAGAAAAGCAUUGUUUGCCAUGGAAAUUAAGGUUGAAAAAGACAUGAAGACAGGUGAAAACACGGUGUUAUCAACAAUACCUCUUCCCUCAAAGGAGUUUAAAGAGACAGGAAUUAAAGUCUAUGAUGAUGGCAGAAAGUCAGUCUAUGCAGUGUCCUCAAAUGGGAGCACAACACAAAAUGGGAUGGAUGAACUUGCUCCUGUUGAAGUGGAAGACCUGCUACGGCAGGCAACUGAAAAAAAUUCUCAGUCUCCCACAGAGUACCAUGAACCUGUCUUUGCAAACAAAUUCUGCAGGCCAGUUACUCCUCAGAAAGACAAAUUAGAACCUGGACCAAAACUGGAAGGCACUAACAGAAGAGAGAUGAAUGGAUUUAGCAAUCAUCAGACAGGGCUCUCCUCCAAAACAGAGCCCUUUAUUCAGCAAAAUAAAGAGAAUGGCCUUGAUCUUCCGAAGGUAAUACAACCAAAGUCUCCUUCUCCAGUAAUUUCUCGUACAGAGAAGAAAAUACACACUAAUCCUGAAAACAGGAUGAUUCAUAAUGAAGAAAGAAGUGCUGCAUAUGAGGAAUUAAAACCUUACCAGAAUACCAGGGAAAGACACAGUGAGACAAGGUUUUUAAAUCCCUGUGAUCCUAAUGAAGCAUCCCCUGCACCUCAAGACGAGGAAGAUGCUCAGUACAACAUAGUGCAGGCUGUACCUUGUUACGUGGAUGAGUCUGAACCUGUCACAAUGGUGUUCAUGGGUUAUCAGCGCAUUGACGAUGACGAUGCAGAAGCAAACCAGAAGCUGUCCCAGUAUGAUGGGGUUAUCCGUGCAGAACUAGUUAUCAUUGAUGACGAUGAUGAAGAUGACAGCAAAGCUGAGAAACCAGCAUAUCAUCCCAUAGGCCAUUACAGUCAAGUUUAUCAGCCACCAAACAGGAAAACCACAGAAACCCAACAGACAAACCCUGUGAGCAGUCUGGGUGCAAGCCUGAACAAGGUACCCCACAAAAAUUCCAUCUCCCUGCAAGAACAAGAGGAACGCUUAAGCUCACCAACACACCAUGCUCAUCUUCACAGCCAGGUGUCUGGGGAUGGUACAGAAGACCCCUCGCUAACAGCUCUGAGGAUGAGAAUGGCAAAGCUGGGGAAAAAGGUGCUUUAACAGCUGUAAUGACAUGGAAGUAUAAUUUAUCACUCAAAGCAGAUAAAGCUAAGAAGACUUUCUUCCACAUACUUUUUUCUGGAUCAUAAUACUUGUUUCACUACUCUGUUUCAUGGGCUAUUUUGCCCUCUGCAUAAUGCAAUGGACUUUAACAGACUUUCAGAUUUGACCAACUGCCACAUACACACAAAUCACAUCCUGGAUUUUGUUAAAAGUAGUGGGAAGUUACCUAAGGCUAUAAAUGCAAUGUGUAUAACAAGUAUGAAGACGUGCAUACCUGUUCUCACAAUCAGAAAUAUGCUGUUGCUAUAUACACAGAGCAGAUAAACACCUAUCUCCAUGGAACUUCAUGGGACAUUGUUUCACAUUAAAGUGUGCCAAUCUAUCUGAUUUUGCUGUUCCAGCAUUCUUUCUGUAAAAGCACUGAUUAAUAAAAAGUGAAAUAUGAGAGAGGAGCAGGAGGAAAUGUAAAUAUAACAAGUCCUUUCCAAUUACACUACCUUGGAUGAAAUGUAAAGCAUUCCUUUUUAAGUGACAGCAGAGCAAACCAAAUAUAAUUAAGCCAGCAUAUUUAAAUAUUUAGCCACCUUCUAGAGCUCCACACUCCAUCCCUCUAUGUUACAUAUCUCAGUGUAGCCAUCCUCACACCCUGUUCUCUUCACCAUCCCACAAACAUGCUGCCCACCCACAACCUCACUGCUCAAUCCUGUGCAUCAUAAUACAAACAGUCCGACCUCCUGAGCAUGGGUUCACCUCCCAGAUUGCUGAGAACGCUCUACUUCUCCAAGAAACUGGUUGCCAGAGAGGCAGUGCUUGUCGAUUAAAAAAACAAACAAAAACCCCCAACCACAGAAAAAUACCCCAACAACCACAGUGUUUAGGUUUCAGCUGGCUGAGGAGCUGAAGUCAGCAAGCCUCCCACUAGAAAUACUGAGUUGCCAGUAGCUUGUCCUGCAGCUGAAAACCAAGAUCUGUUACAGAUCUGUGCAGCCACUGCUGGGCACAGUUCUCCAGCAAGUUUCAAGGAUCCCACCAAAAAACAGGUUAAUUCUUUCCAUGUCAUAAGGGUGGUAUAAAAGGAGGUAAAAGUAGGUUCAACCACACCUAGAAAAAUCACAUCCAGUCAGAUUUUCCAGUACAUAGUUCUUGGAGAGAAAAAGUGCCUCAUAGCACACUACACCAUUAUACUCAAAUCUGUACAACAGCUUUAAUUCACUAGGUCUUAGCCUCAUUUGUAACACUAAACAGAAAGUUCAGGUUGUGUUAUUCUGGUAUAGCUGACUUAAAUUAUGCACCAGCAAAAAAAAAAAAAAAAAGCUAUAAUUUUUUGCUGGUAUUCUUUUCAAAGCAGAAAACUGAAGUUACUACCUCAUACUGAGGCACGAUGGUAGUAAUUGACUGAUUUGUAGCCUCUAAACACUUGGUGGCUCCCAGUCUGAUGUGGUAAUAAUCUCAAAUUUUAAGACUUAACAGAAAUGGUUACCUGGAGAGUGGAAUAGUACAUAAGAAUGAAUAAAUUUUAUUAUAGUACACUUCCUA